AUGAGUCUCGUCAGGAUGCCACCCACUCGAGAUGAGAUCGAUGGGGAGGACGAGACGCUAGGGCUGCGAUCCGGUCAGCGCGGGCCGCUCUGCUCGUACGUGGCGGCAACGGCGCUGCUGCUGCUGGGCUGCGGGGUGGGGCUCGGCAUCGGCGCGCUGCUCUCGUUGCUCUUCCCCGCCUCCUCGCUCCGCUUCAUCUCCACCAACGCUUCCCCUGACGCGCUGGCGGACGCUCAGUCGCAACUGUCGUUCCUGGUCGUGGGCGACUGGGGUCGCAACGGCGACUACAACCAAUCCAUCGUCGCGGAAUCGAUGGGCGAGGUGGCAGCGGCAAUAGACAGCAGCUUCGUGGUGUCGACAGGAGACAACUUCUAUGACGAUGGGCUGCAGGACAUCAAUGAUCCCAACUUCGCCUCCUCCUUCUCUGAGAUCUACCAGGCGCCCAGCCUGCAGACACAGUGGUACGCAGUGCUGGGCAAUCACACCUAUUACCGCACCGUGAGAUGCCAGCAGCCAGGCAAUCACACCUAUCACCUCACCUGCUGGGCAACCAUGACUAGCACCGCAACCCCGACGCCAGCAGUCACGCACUCACGUCCCACCUCCCCAUUUCACCCCGCAAUCGCACCCCCCAUUCCCCCCGUGUUCCUACCGCCGGCAGUGCUGGGGAACCACGACUACCACCGCAACCCCGACGCGCAGACGGACCCGGCGCUGACACCCCACCCUCCCCCACCUCCCCCUUUUCGCCCCACUUCCUCCUCUCCUCUUAUCACUGUCCGCCCACCGGCAGUGCUGGGGAACCACGACUACCACCGCAACCCCGACGCGGAGACGGACCCGGCGCUGAGGCGGAGGGACCCACGGUGGCGCUGUGAGAAGACCUACACUGUCGUGCGCGACACCUGCCCCAAGUUCCGCUACUCUCAGUCUCCCUCUCUCCCCGUAUCUCCCCUCCCCUCCUGUCCCCGCUGUCCCCACCAAAUGGCCCUCUCAGUCGAGUGCAACCCGCUGCUGCAGCUGUUUUUCAUUGACACGUCCCCCCUGGUGGCGGGGUACUGGCACGGCAAGCCACACGAGUUUGAGAAGCUCAACUUCACCGGCCUCCCAGAUGCCUCCCUCACUCUGCACUACCAGCUCACGCUUCUUGUUGCUUGUCUCUCAUCCAUCCUGCCUGCUCCGGCAAAUCUUCCGGCCUCACGCAUGCCUGUCGCACCUUCUCCAACCUGCCCCGCCCUCCGUCCUCCUCAGUUGCUGCGUGCAGCGUUGGCAUCGUCAACUGCCGCGUGGAAGGUGGUGGUUGGCCAUCAUCCCAUCCACAGCACAGGCAGCCACGGCAACACGCCUGAGCUGAUCAAGUUCCUCUACCCGCUUCUCAAGCACUACAACGUGGACAUAUACAUGAACGGCCACGACCACAACCUGGAGCUUUACAAGGACGUCAACAGUGGUAUGUUCUUUGUCACAAGCGGGGGUGGAUCUAAGGUGGACCGGAAUCGCACAGUAACCGGUGACAACAAUUCCAUGUUCUAUCAUUCUCGACAGGGCUUUGUCUCUGCAAGUGUAACGCAGCAAUCCUUCACUAUAAAAUUCCAUGACAUGUUUGGUGCUAGCCUCUAUACACUGACAACCUCCAAGGACCCUCAGUGA